AUGCAGGCGACAGAGCAGCCUUGGCAAGGAAAUAUGUUGGCCUCUGCCAGAGCAGGGUCGAGGCCAGUGAAGAAUCUGUGGACAAGGGUACUCGGUGGAACUGGCAAGACUACUCUACUAAACGCGCUUCUUGAACGGAACCUUGGCGGACUUACCGUUGAAGGCAAAGUGCUGGUGAAUGGACAAAAUAUUGGCAGAGGAGUCACGAGUGUGUCGGCUUAUGUGCAGCAAGAGGAUCUGUUCGUGGGCACCCUAACGGUGCGGGAACAUCUAAUGAUCCAAGCCAAAAUGAAACUACCAUCUUCAUUCACAACGGCAAUGCGCAUUGCAAGAGUUGAAGAGGUCAUGAAAGAUAUGCUACUUGAAGGGACACAGUCUUCUCGUAUCGGUGUGCCAGGUAUCGUUAAGGGGAUAUCAGGGGCGAUGAGCGGCUCGAUUUGCGUCGGGAGAACUGCUCAGCAUUCCAAUCUGUUUGUGAUGAACCACAGUGUUUGGACUCGUCAUGGCGGCUUGAGACUGGAGUCGCUAGCGGGUGAUCGUGGGAAAACCAUUAUUUGCACAAUCAAGCAGCCUUCGUCUGAGGUCUUCAGAUUGUUCGACAAGGUGGUAUUUCUCGCCCAAGGCCGAGUAGCCUUCCAUGGUGCUCCAGAUGAGGCGAUUACGUUUUUCGCAAAAUGUGGUUUCAUGCUUCCGGAUCACACAAAUCCAGCCGACCACUUCACAGACGUAGCGUUAUUCACAAAUCAUCAUAUAAUGCCUAAAACCAAACUGUGA